GAUUGUGGGCGGAUCUCGUUUUUUUGCAGCUCAGAAAAAUAGAUAAUUUUGAUAUUUUUCUUUCUUUUUCAUCAUGACUGCUGCUGCUGCUGAAAGGAAAAGCCUUGACUUUAAGUUAGAUUUAUCUGGAGGUGUGAAAAGAAAUGAUUCAAACCCAAACAAGUUUACACAGCUCUGUGAUAACGUCAGCAGCUCUUUAGUAUCUCAUACCAACACUCUAAAUGAGCUUUAUGAAUUCAAGAAUGAACUACUCAAGCAUUCACUGCCAUCAAACCUUCUCCUAAAACUAACUGUACUCUCGUCACAAAUACACAGGAGUUCUUCUGAUUUAGAUGCACUGUCAAGUGAGCUCAUUCGUUUGGUUCAUCAGUAUGCUCACCCGUGGGAAGAGAAGAGUGAUGCUUUAAAGAAAUUGAGGACAGAAUAUGAGAAUAAGGAUAGACAGCUCUCUGUAGCUUUGAGGAAAUUAGAACUGUUAGCUGUUAAGGCUGACAAGAUAGAGCAUGAGAAAAGAUUGAAUAACUGGAUGAAAGUCUAUACUAAAGUUAUGUCAUCAAAAUCUACUGGGAGGAGAUGGAAGUUCAGAAUUGAACCUUUCAAAAAGAAAAUUGCCAAUGGUUAUAAUCCUUAUGGUUCUGACAGUGAUGAAUCGGACUCCUUUGAUGAAGAAGAUCCAUACUCACACAGACCUGUCUUGUCCGAGAGUGAGGGUGAGCUGAAGGAGCUAGCAAGUGAACUGUCUCAAGCUUUAGCUUCACAACACACCGGGAGUGUCCUUAAAGGGAAUCCGUUCUCUGGAUUAGAAGAGACUCCUGUAUCAAUAGAGCAGAGUUUAUCCCCUGAAGGACCCCUAGUCAUUACAAGUGAUGCAGUUGCUUGGACAGAUGAGCCUGAAUAUGACCAUCAUUUGCUAGUCUUCAUGUACAGGCCUAUAGAACUGCUUGAAGAGAGUGACAUUUGUUGCAGCAUAACACUAGAAAGUGAAUUCUUUGCUUCAAAGAUUUACCAACCAAACACUGAAGACUAUCAAUGUUUCCAUUUUACUCUCUCAAAGAACGCCAUCUCUUUCCUUCCAUCUCUCCAUAACCCUGAUGAUAAUUUGGAGGACAGCACUGGAAUGAUGCUGUCUCCAAGGAUAAGUAUUGCAGUUUUUCCAAGGAGUUUAGCUGAUGAAAUGUUUGCAAGCUGCUUCAUACAACUACCUGAAAUUAAACUAGAGAAUGAUUAUAAAAUCAUAGUUCCAUCAAACGAUACCAAUGACUCUGAUUGUUCAGUUGACUGGAGUCUCCAUGCCACUAGUUCUGCCAUUCCUGUUAACUAUAUACUCACUCCAGUACAUGUUGAUGAAGAAGCUGAUGAAUCACCUGAUCCCCCACAGAUUCCUUUAUCAUUUCAAUGGAUACGUGUUCUAAAACACAAGAGAUUUCAUGUAUCAACUGAGACACAGUCAAUAGAAAUGCUAGUAGAGGAGAUGGGUUAUAAAAAGAAUGUAGAGAUGCAGUCAACUGCAGUCUCAGCAUUGACUCUUGUCUCUAGUAGACCCCAAAGCUCAGAAACACCUCAACAAGUUGAGGAUGAAGAGACUGUUCCAGCUGAAGAGCUGGCCCAGAUGUCAUUGAAACAUGCUGAAGAAUUGAAGCUAGUACAAGAUCAGUAUGAAAAGAAACUGGAGCAGUUGUCUCACACUCUAAGCAAAAUGAAAUCAGAGAAAGAGAAGCAAAUAAAAGAGUUAGAAGAAGCUUUGAUUGAAUCUGAGACUAGUCGUACCAAAAAAACAAAAUCACCUUUGGAAAUAAAGAAGUUGCUGGAAAAGAGAAGAAAGCCGAGACUAGCUGGAUUGCCUGUUUGGGGCAAGCACUGGCCAGAUGAUUUUUAUGAGAGGCUAGCUUUAUUUGCUCAUGACAGUCUAAGAAGACAAGCAGAACUGACUGAAAGAAUUAAACAAGAAGUACAUGAAACAUGUGAAGCACAAUUGGCAGCUCUACAUAGACUAGCCCCUUUAGUUAAUAGCUCACCAUUACAAGAUGUCUGUGUUCCUGCAUUGUUCAUGCCUUCUUCUACUUCACGCCAUCUUGUCUAUAAUCCUCGUGCUAAGAAUUACUUCCAUCCACCUGGGUCGAAUGAGAGUAGGGUCAGCCAGCCUCCAUCGUUUUUCAAGCUUCCUCCUUUGCAUACUCAUGGCUCAAAAGGACUAACAACCAUCAAUCUUUACAAUAUCAGUCAAGAGAUGGUUGCUUCUCCUUCCAUUACUCCUGCUCCGCCUCCAAGUGCUUGCGAUUAUUAUCAACAAAACACCCAAAAAUAAAUGAUAGUUGUCAUCAUUAUCAUCAUUAUUAUUAUUUUUACACUACUAAUAAUAACAUUAUUAUUAUUAUCAUUAUUAUUAUUAUUACUGAUCAUUUUCUAUGUGCCUGAGGCUUAUAGUACAAA